CGUUGGGGAAUAGAGAUGGAGCGUUCCGUGUCCUGUGUCCUCCUGCUGCUCUGCGGACUCUGGAGCUCGGUGUGUCCAGUUGCUCUCGCAAUUAAUGAAACGGUGGGCCGUGAUGUCACUCUGACGCCUCAUUAUACCGGAGAUCCCUCAGAGAUCAACUGGAAGAUAAAUGGUAACAAACUGGUGGACAUGGAACUGAGGCCCCGGGUGGAUAUUGUAUUUUACCAUCUUCAGGACAGAGCGACUAUCAAUCAUACCGAUGGAGUGCUGACCAUAAGGAAGCUGACUAAGGGGGACUCCGGGGUCUACAAGGCCGAGGUUUUGGUGAAUAAUGUUUAUCAAGUAACAGAAAUAAAUCUCAUGGUUCUGGAUGAGAGCGUCACACCCGCAUUCACCAGCAGCACGGGUCCACCAAACAUCCAUGUAACAAGUCCUUCAUUCAGCAGAAGCCAUGGCCCCCCGGAAACCAAAAAAACAAAGUCUCACACAGAAGGCCCCUCAUCCAGAAUCACCACACACUCAACCAAAGUAAAACAAUCUGGAAUGUCAGCCUCCACCAGAACAGUCAUUUUAGUUGUCUUCGGUCUGGUUGUGAUGGGGGUCAUUUUAGGCUGUUUAUUAUGGUGUUUUUGUUCCGGGAAAAAAAGAAAACAGACUUAUAAUACAACGGAUCUCUACACCGCUGGACUGUUGGGUGCAGAAAAGAGCGAAGAAACAGAAGCUGGGAAUGAUGUGAAAUCCGGAGUGAGGGGAUCUUCUUUGGAUGCAUCAGAAACAGAAGAAAGUGAAGUCGGAGAUUAUGUGCAACCAGAAGAGGAUGAACCAGUAACAGUUCUGUGACAUCUUCUGGAGUGAAGAACCUGAAGAGGACAUUGUGACCCUUUGUUAUCAUCACAUUGAGGAAAUAAUUUCAU